UUCCGAAGCGCGGACCGCGGAGCCUGGGGCUGGGGAAGGGGCCACCGCGCGGGCACGCGGCACGCUGGGUGCGCCCCGGGGGCAUGUCCGCGCGCCACCGCCCGGGCUGCAGCGGUCCACGCGAGAUGGCCAGUAACCCAUGUGCCAGGUAGCACUCUAUGCCAAUCUUGAAUGCCAACAGGAAGUCACUAGACGGCACACUCUUCCAAGAUCAUAACUGGGCUGUUGGAGUAACUUGGAAAAGAAGAAUAAAGGAUCAAAAAAACCAUGGCAAAAGUAAAUAGAGCUCGGUCUACCUCUCCUCCAGAUGGAGGCUGGGGCUGGAUGAUUGUGGCUGGUUGUUUCCUUGUUACCAUCUGCACCCGGGCAGUAACCAGAUGUAUUUCCAUUUUUUUUGUGGAGUUCCAGACAUACUUCUCUCAGGACUAUGCACAGACAGCCUGGAUCCAUUCCAUUGUAGACUGUGUGACCAUGCUCUGUGCUCCACUUGGGAGUGUUGUCAGUAACCAUUUAUCCUGUCAAGUGGGAAUCAUGCUGGGUGGCUUGCUUGCAUCUACUGGUCUCAUCCUGGGCUCAUUUGCCACCAGUCUGAAGCAUCUCUACCUCACUCUGGGAGUUCUUACAGGUCUUGGAUUUGCACUUUGUUACUCUCCAGCCAUUGCCAUGGUUGGCAAGUAUUUCAGCAGACGGAAAGCCCUGGCUUAUGGCAUCUCCAUGUCGGGAAGUGGCAUUGGCAUCUUCAUCCUGGCCCCCGUGGUUCAGCUCCUCAUUGAACAGUUCUCCUGGAGGGGAGCAUUACUCAUCCUGGGGGGCUUCGUUUUGAAUCUCUGUGUUUGCGGUGCCUUGAUGCGGCCAAUUACUCUUAAAGAGGACCGUUCGACUCCAGAGCAGAACCGCGUGUGCAGAACUCAGACACAAGACUUGAAGCAGGGGUCUCCCUGUUCGACUUGGACGAAAAAAUGGGUGCACACCUGCCUCUGUGGCUCUUUGCAGCAGGAGUACAGUUUUUUACUGAUGUCAGACUUCGUUGUGUUAGCCAUCUCUGUUCUGUUUAUGGCUUACGGCUGCAGCCCUCUCUUUGUGUACCUGGUGCCUUAUGCUUUGAGUGUUGGAGUGAGUCACCAGCAAGCUGCUUUUCUUAUGUCCAUACUUGGGGUGAUAGACAUUAUUGGCAAUAUCACAUUUGGAUGGCUAACUGACAGAAGGUGUCUGAAGAAUUACCAGUACGUUUGCUACCUCUUUGCCGUGGGACUGGAUGGGCUCUGCUAUCUCUGCCUCCCGAUGCUUCAAAGUCUCCCUCUGCUUGUGCCUUUCGCUUGUACCUUUGGCUACUUUGAUGGUGCCUAUGUGACUUUGAUACCAGUAGUGACUGCCGAAAUAGUGGGGACCCCCUCUUUGUCAUCCGCACUUGGUGUAGUGUAUUUCCUUCACGCAGUGCCCUAUUUGGUGAGCCCGCCCAUCGCAGGAUGGCUUGUAGAUACGACCGGCAGCUACACUGCAGCCUUUCUUCUCUGUGGAUUUUCCAUGAUCUUUAGUUCUGUGUUGCUUGCCUUUGCCAGACUUAUAAAGAAGAUGAAAAAAACCCAGCUCCGGUUCCUUGCCAAAGAAUCUGAUCCCAAGCUGCAGCUUUGGACCAAUGGCUCAGUGGCUUAUUCUGUAACCAGAGAAUUAGAUCAGAGGGAUGGGGAAUCUGUGGCUAUAGCGAUGCUUGGUUCCAACCUCACAUGACCAAUGACCUUGAGCUUAGGAAACUUCAGGGCUGAGAAAGGAGGGGCCAUUGGAUUGUACCUGUUUCUGAAGCAUUUUAUCUUGGCAGAAGCAUUGCCCUCCAAGGAAAUUUAUUGUAUUAUUAAUAUGUUUCUAGGGGAAAAUAGCAAAUAACAAAACAAGCUGGAUUGGCUCAGAAUUUCCUCAUUUGGGAUUUGUACUCAUAAUUGAACUAAGAUCUUUUGGGCAAUGAGCAGCACACCUUGGAGAAUGUCAUUAGGACAGGGCUGAUAUAAUUAGCUGUAAAUAGGGGUAAUUUCAAGGUAUGACUCAAACAAAUGACACAGGGAGCAGCUUUGUCUCAAACUCUGUUCCCCUCCAUCUUCCUUCCUCACUUAGAAGAUAAAGAGAAACACUGACAUGUAGGGGUUUUUUUUAUGCUGUUUGGAGAAGGGGGUCCUGUAUUAAUCAUUGCCUUUUGAAGAAUCUAAAGUAUUCUUCAAUAGCCCUGUUUAAAAUCCUAAUGAAAAACUUCACUAGGAGAAAGGUUUGGCAUCCUGGCUUUCCACCACCACCAAAAUCUCUUUUCCUAAGACUGAGGCACUUCCACCUGACCAGGCGCCCACCUCUGAGGCUAUCACAUAUAAUACUGACUCGAAAUUUAGCAGAACACACCAAGACACAAGGGCAAUUUCUAAAUCUUGUCAGUAAUGUUAACACUAACACUUCCCCCUUUUUUUUCCUUUUAGAAAUAAAGGAUUUCUUUAAACUUUAGACAAUUCUUGUUAGGAAUGGGAAAAUGUUGGCAGCAUUCCAACUGGGCAGGAAUUGAAUUCUUGAAUCAGCGGGUCUCUGGUGAGAGUUUUCUUUUCAGAUCAUUUGGGUUCAUCAUUACCCAAAAGAGGACUUAGGAGUUUUGCCUGAAAAAUAUUAUUCUAGAGAGAUUCUGAAGGCGAGAUUCCUUUCUCCCUAGGCUGAUAUUCGUUCCAAUAUCCACUGCUCUUUAUCACUCUACAGAUAAUCCUUAGAAACUUGGACCUUUUCAGCUGAAUGAGGAGGCUCAGGGGUUAACCCCAGCAUCAUAACACUUUCACAAAUUACAGCUGUGAUCAGCGAGAGGGAGGACAAAGUUAAGACGGUUAGUGGAAGGAUGUUCCACAGUUUAUAGAGCUCUUUCACAUACAUGCCCUAACUCAUUGGAUUGGAAUAGUUUACUCAUUCCGAAGUACUCCACUUUCCUGUGGUUAGGGAUAAAGUCUUCAGAUUGAAGAGGGAGGGCUUGGGGAGAAGAGAAAGUCUUGGUCCCCUGCCUGUCUCCAACCAUUUAAAAUCCUCUAAAUUAUAACACUGAAUCCCAAGUCAUGUUGAACUUGUAAAUAGGGACAAGUCAUACAGUUGAAAGGGGAUUUCCUUUUAGGGCUGUACCCACGGCAUAUGGAGGUUCCCAGGGUAGGGGUC